AAGCGCACUUGCCUAUCGCCGCGUCGGCGGGAUUAGGGUCGAUUUUCUUUAAAAAACCACUCGCGAGCACUGACUUGCAAGCAGUCAACGCUCUGCUCUCAGAACCUCAGGUCUAGCGGUUAUUGUUAUCACUGUGCUUCCCCGAUCGGCAGUCGGAUUUUCCACAUCUUUUGUUGACUAUAUCUGUUUUAAAAAAAAGCACUCAAAAUGGACCACGAUCAUGACCACGGCUCGGAAGACACUGCCAGCACGGAGAAAUCCUGUCCCAUGAUCAUGGUGUUCCAUGCUGGCCACUGCGAACGGAUAUUGUGGCGCGGCUGGGUGGCAUCCACGGUGACCGAGUUCGUCCUGUCCGCAUUGGCCAUCUUCCUGGUGUCCUUCCUGUACGAGGCCCUCAAGUUCCUGCGCCAGCAAUUGGCUCGCAGGGAAGCCCGGAAGCAGAGCGAGAGACUGGCGGCGGAGCAACGCAGGAAGAACGAGGCUCCACAAUCCGGAGGAUGCUGCUCGGAAACCCCUCUGGCGGAGCCCAGGGAGCAGAGCUACUGGCAGCGCCUGUUCGCCUCGUCGCACAUCUUCCAGUCCCUACUGAACCUCCUGCAGAUCGUCAUCUCCUACCUGCUCAUGCUGAUCUUCAUGACCUUCAACUACUGGCUGUGCCUGGCAGUGGUCCUGGGAUUGGGCCUGGGCUACUUCUUCUUCGGCUGGAACAAGAAGAAUCCCGACGAGAGCGAGUGCUGUCCUUAGAUACAGGAUAUUCUUCCUACUACUUGCUGUUUUGUAUACCAAUUGUUAAACCUUAACCCCUUAUCAGUUUUGGUUCGCACAUCAAACAGUCCCGUCCCCAAGUAAUCACACACGUUGUUUAAAAAUACAAUUUUAUUCGAUAGUUACACUUGGUUUAAUUGUAAUUGAUGUAAUCGUAGCAUAAAUUAGUCAACUAGUUUACUUAAUAUAUUGUACAAAUAGUAGUUAUGAGAACAAGAACCUAUACAACACGUAUGUAUCUAAAUCGAUUGACGUACCACUCAAUACUUUCCAUUUUACAAUAAAGUUUUUUAUGUAAUUUUCAUGA